GUAUCUCUCUCUCUGGUAGAGCGCCAUCGAGUCUCUAUUCGGGGCGUCCAUGACGGGCGUGGCCUACUCUCUGUUUGCCGGUCAGCCUCUCACCAUCCUGGGCAGCACCGGUCCAGUGCUGGUCUUUGAGAAGAUCCUCUUCAAGUUCUGCAGUGACUACGAUCUGUCCUACCUGUCCCUGCGGACGAGUAUCGGGCUCUGGACCGCCUUCCUUUGCCUGUUGCUGGUCGCCACUGACGCCAGCUCUAUGGUCUGCUACAUCACACGCUUCACAGAGGAAGCCUUCGCCUCCCUCAUCUGCAUCAUCUUCAUCUACGAGGCUCUGCAGAAGCUGGUCCACCUCGGGGAGCUCUACCCCAUCAACAUGCACAACCAGCUGAACAACCUCACCUCCUACACGUGUCAGUGUUCUCCUCCAGUCAACGCUUCAGCUGAACUCCUGCAGAAGUGGAGCCGAAGUAACUUCAGCUCAGAAAACUUCCAGUGGGACGAGCUGACUGUGAAGGACUGCAAGGAGCGUCAAGGGCAGUUCGUCGGCUCGGCCUGUGGACGCGAUGGCCCGUACGUCCCCGAUGUCCUCUUCUGGUCCGUCAUCCUCUUCUUCACCACCUUCUUCCUCUCCUCCUUCCUCAAGCAGUUCAAGACCAAGAGAUACUUCCCCACUAAGGUUCGCUCCACCAUCAGUGACUUCGCCGUCUUCCUGACCAUCAUGAUUAUGGUGCUGCUGGACUAUCUGGUCGGAGUUCCUUCACCCAAACUGGACGUACCCGACCGCUUCCAGCCCACGUCGAACACUCGGGGCUGGCUGAUCUCCCCGCUGGGAACGAACCCCUGGUGGACGCUGCUGGCGGCCGCCGUCCCCGCUCUGCUCUGCACCAUCCUCAUCUUCAUGGACCAGCAGAUCACCGCCGUCAUCGUCAACAGGAAGGAGAACAAACUCAAGAAAGGCUGUGGCUACCACCUGGACCUGCUGGUGGUGGCGGUGAUGCUGGGCGUGUGCUCCAUCAUGGGCCUGCCGUGGUUUGUGGCGGCGACCGUGCUCUCCAUCUCCCACGUCAACAGCCUGAAACUGGAGUCGGGCUGCGCGGCGCCCGGCGAGCAGCCAAAGUUUCUGGGCAUCAUAGAGCAGAGAGUCACUGGCUUCAUGAUCUUCGUCCUGAUGGGCUGCUCCGUCUUCAUGACCUCUGCCCUCAAGCUCAUCCCGAUGCCGGUGCUUUACGGAGUCUUCCUCUACAUGGGAGCGUCCUCGCUCAAAGGCAUUCAGCUGUUUGACCGGAUCAAACUGUUCGGCAUGCCGUCCAAACACCAGUCGGACCUGAUCUACCUGCGCUACGUCCCCCUGUGGAAGGUCCACGUCUUCACCGUGGUGCAGCUGACCUGCCUCAUCGUCCUCUGGGCUAUCAAGGCCUCGACGGCCGCCGUCGUCUUCCCCAUGAUGGUUCUGGCUCUGGUGUUCAUCCGGAAGCUUCUGGACUUCUGUUUCACCAAGAGAGAGCUGAGCUGGCUGGACGACCUGAUACCCGAGAGCAAGAAGAAGAAGGACGACGACAAGAAGAAGAAGGAGAAGGAGGACGCUCAGGGGAUGCUGGAGGACGUGGAGGACGAGCCGCCGUACGACCAAGGAAACGUCUUCAACUUCCCGACCAAGAACCUGAAAGGACGCGUGGACCCAUCAGAGGUGAACAUCUCUGAUGAAAUGGCCAAAAGCGGCAUUUGGAAGUCGAUGAACUGUGACAGCAGCAGAGCUCUGAGACGCAGCAGCAGCAGCCAGGAGAAGCUGCAGAGCGUCCAGAUAAACGUGGAGAGCGAAGACGGGCGGAGAGUCGUGGACGCCGAGACGUCGCUAUGAUGCAGCGCCGCCUGGUGGUGGAGGGCGGCGCUGCAUCAUAGCAGGAGGACGAGGUGACCGAUGAUGCUGUAAACCUGCGUCUCUCAGGUGAAAUCAGGCUUCACCUCGCUGUACGCUGCGUUUUCUUGCUGAAUGUUUUAUUUUCUCAUCGUUUUAUGGUGAAACACGGAGACUCCACUCGACUGGGUGCAAAUAUGGCCGCCACUUCUGGAAACAGCUUCCUCAGGUGCCUUUGGUUGGUUUUGUUUCUCGGGCGGUCCGCUGCUGCGCUGUGAUUGGCUGAUGAAACCGAAACACAGAUUGAACAUCUGAUUUUAUUUUUUUAUUUUUUUUUGACUGAUCUUAAACACCCAAAGUAAAAUGUUAUCGUUUAAAAUGUUUCUGCUUUCAUGAAGCAGACGAGUCGCUUCACCUCCCACCAAUUUUAUUUAAUCCAUAAUGCUGAUUUAAGUUUGUGUGUGUGUGUGUGUGUGUGUGUGUGUGAGUGAUCACUGUUGUGCCUCACCUUGUUGCCUGCCGUUUCCGACUGAAUGACGUCACAGUUGCUGUUAAAGUUUCAAUAAAAUCAGUUUGGUGACGAAA